AUGGGCUCCGUCGCGAAAUCCCAUAGCGACUACACCACGUCGUACGCCUUCUUCGAAGCCAUCUGGGAGGCUGGCAUCACCCAUGUCUUUGUUAACCUGGGCUCGGACCAUCCGUCCAUCAUCGAGGCCAUCACCAAAGGCCAGAAGGAGAAGAAGGCAGACUUUCCGCGGAUCAUCACCUGUCCUAACGAGAUGGUCGCGCUAUCCAUGGCCGACGGCAUGGCGAGGUUGACCAACAAGCCGCAAUGCGUUAUUGUGCAUGUCGACGUGGGCACCCAAGGGCUAGCGGCGGCCGUGCACAACGCCUCGUGCGGUCGCGCGCCCGUGCUCAUCUUCGCGGGUCUGUCCCCCUACACGAUCGAAGGCGAGUACCGCGGAUCGCGGACCGAGUACAUCCACUGGAUCCAGGACGUUCCCGACCAGAAACAGAUCGUGGCGCAGUACUGUCGGUACACGGCCGAGAUCAAGGGCGGCAGGAACGUGAAACAGAUGGUCAAUCGGGCCUUGCAGUUCGCGACGAGCGACCCCAAAGGCCCCGUCUAUCUCUGCGGCGCCCGCGAGCCCAUGGAGGAGGAUAUUGAACCGUACCAUCUGGACCAGCAGGUCUGGCACCCCGUGGGUCCCGCGGCCCUGCCUCAGGACGCCGUGGCCCUCAUCGCCGAGGAGCUGGUCAAGGCUUCGGAGCCCCUGCUCGUCGUGGGCUACACGGGUCGCAACCCUGCCUCAGUCACCGCCGCCGUGGCCCUGGCGGACCGAAUUCCGGGACUUCGCGUCCUCGACACGGGAGGUUCCGACAUGUCUUUCCCAACGAACCACCCGGCGGCAUUGGGGUUGCGAUACGGCGCCGACCCGGCCAUAACGACUGCGGAUUUUAUCCUAGUGGUGGACUGCGAUGUGCCCUGGAUCCCGACGCAGUGCAAACCAAAAGCGGACGCCCGGAUCAUCCACAUCGACGUCGACGUGCUGAAGCGGCAGAUGCCAGUCUUCUACAUACCCGCCCACGCUCGAUUCAGCGCCGAUUCCGCCACCUCGUUCGCCCAAAUCACCGAGUAUCUCGCCUCGCACUCGACGCUUUCCGCAACCUUGUCCGACGACGCCCACACCGCCGCGGCCAAGAGGAGACAAGAAUCCCACGCCGCGCGCUGGAACCAGGCCAAGGAGCUGGCGAAAAUCCCCUCUGACCCGUCGACCGCGUCGAUCACGCCGCACGUUCUGGGCGGACAGAUCCGCUCCGCCGUGCCGGAAGACACCAUCUUCGCCGUCGAGGCCGUCACGCUGAGCAUCUCCAUCGCCGACCAGAUCGCGCCCGUGCAUCCAAAGACGUGGAUCAACUGCGGCGGCGGCGGACUGGGGUGGUCCGGCGGCGGGGCGUUGGGUGUCAAACUGGCGUCCGAUUUCCAGCAUCGCGAUCUCGCGAGCGGUGACCGGUUCGGGGCCAACAAGGGGAAAUUCGUAUGCCAGAUCGUCGGCGACGGGACAUUCCUCUUCUCCGUUCCGGGCUCCGUCUACUGGAUCGCGCAACGGUACAGCAUUCCCAUCUUAACCAUCGUCCUUAACAAUAAAGGCUGGAACGCGCCCCGCCGGUCCAUGCUCCUGGUCCACCCGCACGGCGAAGGCAGCAAAGUAGACAACAAGGCCCUGAACAUCAGCUUCGAACCCACCCCGGACUACGCGGGCAUCGCAAAGGCCGCUACGGGAGGCCACGCCUGGGCAGGGACCGUGAGCACUGUGGCCGAGCUGCUUGACGCGCUGCCCCAGGCUGUCGAGGCCGUCAAGAACGGCAGGUGUGCGAUCCUCGAGGUCAAGCUUGGGGCAGACUUGCCCUCGGCGGAGCAGAACAAUGGGGAUGUGAAGAUGGAGGAGGUUGCAGCGAGUAGUGGCUAG